AUGGACGACAUCACCCGAGGCCCAUUCUCAUACGAGCACCGAGAGACGGCUCCUCCCUGGAGCGUCGGAUGGCUGCCGACUUCACCGACAAUGGCCGAACAGCACACCGAUGAUGCUUUUUCCAGGCCUCGAGAGCUGUUGCUUGGCGAUCACGCCCACACCGACCAGCAGAAAAAGAAGCUCUUUGUCGGUAUGGCACCCAAGUCUGCGUACGAAGAAGACUACAGGGCUGUGUUCGAGCCUUUCGGCACACCGAUCGACAUCUACGUUAUCAGGGACAGGAACGGUUUCAGCAAGGGCUGUGCGUUUGUCAGGUACGAGUCUGUUAAGAGCGCGAGCGAUGCUAUCGAGGCUCUUCACGACAAACACAUCAUGCCUGGAGGCUUCCGCACGCUGGUGGUGACUGUGGCCGACGAUCGCCGCGGCCCACAGACCUCUGCGGUUGGCACUACCACUACGCGCCGCGAUGCUGUUGGCUCUGGAGACGGCCUUUUCCGCGCUCUGUCUCGACCUUCGUCCUUCAUGGGGAGCGACAGCGGCGGUGGAGGCACCAUCCCUAGCUUGGGGAACGUCGUGGGACAAAACAGGUCUACAGUUACGGCGCCGCAGGCAGGAGCGACAGCCUUCGCGCCCACCGUCGCUCCGGGCAGUGGUCCUUCCUCUGGUCUGCUCUCGGGCAUGCCGUACUUUCUCUGCGGCGGCAACCCUCCGCAAGGGACGUACGUCUACUACCCGUACGUGCCAUCGUCGUCUGUGCAGCAUGACACUGGUUCCUCUGCUGCCCCUGCCGGAAUAGGGGCCAAACCCCACCACGCAUUUUCCGUCGGUUCUCCUGCGGUGGGAAACAACGAUCGGUGCGAGCUGGGUGCUCGCGGGGCACAGGAGGACGGGUACACCGGGGAUCGGACAGUCCGUAAGUUUGGCACCGGUGGCCCCGAAGAGAGGGGCCGGCGCUGGGCGAAGCAGUCCGUCGGCCCCACGGGGGCGAACUUGUUCGUGUACUACCUUCCAGGCUCUCUCACGGACGCCGAUCUCGCGACAGCCUUCGCUCCGUUCGGAGAGGUUCUGAGCGCGAAGGUUUACUACGACAGAGACACCGGAGAGAGCAAGGGGUUUGGGUUCGUGAGCUACUCCAAGCCGGACGAAGCGGAAGCCGCGAUCUCGAGCAUGAAUGGCUUCUUCAUCGGACAAAAAUUCCUCUAG